CGCGGGCCGCUAUCUCCUGUCAGUGUCAAGAACAUGUCAAGGCCUUGUGAGCUCCACUGGGCUUUUAUCUGACUUUGCUUGUGCGCAGGAGAUUUUUAAAAGUGACUCGUGUUAUACAUACAUCGGUCUUCAAAAGUCAACUUUCAUUCCUUUUCCUAUCAUGGCAGCGAGUGAUGACUCUUCCUUUUACCUUUAUGGAGUGGGUGAGAAGCCAGAAGCCUUGACGCUUGGAUCCCUGGUGUUAGAGAAGUAUUGGCAGCCUCUGGCAGCACGUCAUUAUACACACGAUCUGCUCAGCGACGAAGCACUGCAGGAACAUGCCUAUGCAAGUGAUUUUGCGAAUGCCGUCUUUCGCGGUGCCUCUCGCAGAUCUCCUGGUGUUGGCCUUAGCGGAGGCGACAUAGUCGAUCUUCGUCUAGCCUAUGAUAAAGAAUUCGAGCGGAUAGUUACCGCAAGAAAAGGGAGACGAAUCAUCCUAAAAGAUCCAGAAUCCUUCCUGCUUACUUCAGUUCUCAACAAUCCACAGGCGCAACAGAAGCUCAAACUGUGGCUCUCCGCAGCCCGCAGCUCCUAUCUUCUCAAUUUCAAGUUCGCGCGCCGCCCAAAAAUUUGGCUUCUCACAGGUCUCUACAUUUUAGAAGGUACCCGCACACUUGUGUCGCAAAGCCAGUCAAAUCAAGUCUCGGUAGGCAUCUCAUCGACGGUCAUUGGAGCACUAUCCAGUGUGCCUGUAGGCGGUUCGGUGAAGCUGGGCCAAGGCACAUCCUGGGAAGUGACAAUGGAAGUCGAAGACCAACACGUCUGGGCAGCACAGUUUCGAUUGUUGGAUGCGAGGUUCAUCAAGCUAGAUAGCAAGGGUUUGGAAGAUGUCACGCUGCCAACGUCGAUGGGACUUUAUCGCGAUAUCAUGUCGGUAAGCCGAGUACGCGGUGGAGGCAGGGAUGUAGUCGAUUUGCAACUGCUGAGUGGACGUGACGAUGAGGACAAUGAAGACGAGCAGGAGAGCAACAUGGGCGACGAUCAAGAUAGCCAUGAGAUGCAGGAGUUUGAGAAGCGGCUAGAGGAUACGAUCCGAAUGUUUGAGAAGGCCCCGAAGCACGUUCUAGAAUAGGACUGGAUCUCGCAGUGCUGCGCAUAUCUUCCUUGAAUCUAGACUGCCAGUGUCAAGAGCCUUGAGUGUUUUGAAUGCAAUUACUAUGCUACUACUGCUGAUUUGACCUUGACAAAAGUGGCACGUGUCGUUUGAAUGAUUGAGUAUUAGUGCGAUCAUGGCAAACAUAUUUCUGGAUUAUGGUGACACCGGAGCAAACCUUUACACCCUGAGCAUGAUCUUGAAUAGGAU